AGCAGCACUUCUUUCGGCAUAUAAGAAGCGACUGAGGGCAACUUUCUCCUUCAGUUGAUCCAUGAGCCUUGCGUAGCGCGGAAGGUCUUUAGAAAACGGGUCAGACCUUCAACGGAAUAAAAUUUAGUGUAAUUGUAGUAAAUUCUUUCUGAAGUGACAGAGUGUUAAAUUUUUGUGUGUCAGUGGUGAAUUGAAGUUUGUCAGCGUUAACGGUGUCAAGUGUCAAUGUCAAUCAUGGAAAACUGGCAGCUAAAGUGCGUUGUGUGGGCCGUAAUGCUGCUCCAAUUCAAUGCUGCAAGUGCGGACUCUGGCUACUCCUACCAAGCACCGUACAAUCAAAAUGCCGUGUUGCCACAGGGAAACGGUUAUAAUACCGGCUACUAUUAUCCACCUCCCAUCGCACAAGCGCCUGCGCAAAAUUUCAGCGGUUACUUCUAUCCACGCCCACCUGCGCGCAUACCCACUAUACCUGACAAAAAUAAAGCUGACAGCACUGAGCCUAUUACCACGCUCCCACCAGGUGCAAUGGGUGAUUUUAUUGAUGAUAUUAUAAAUGAGCAGAAAGAGCAAAUACUCUCUUCGGUGUUGGGCAGUGGCGAUAUCGAAUAUAGUGAACUCAUAGAUGAUGAGUCGAAUACUGUGCGUUUUAAAAAAUGCGCUGCGUGCUCUUGUGGCGUACCGAAUCAAAAUCGCAUCGUAGGUGGCACUGUCGUGCGCACGAAUAAAUACCCCUGGACCGCACAAUUACUCACCAAUGGUUUUCUCUAUUGCGGCGGCACGUUGAUAAAUGAUCGCUAUGUGCUCACGGCUGCUCAUUGCGUUAAAGGACAAAAAGUCGGUGCGACUACCGUGAGACUGUUGCAGCUAAAUCGGUCCACGAAGAGCAUGGGCAUAAUGAGAAGCGCCGCCGCUUUUAUUAUUCAUAAAAAAUAUAAUACGGAUACUUUAGUUAACGAUAUAGCUUUGAUUGAGCUGAAUAAGCCUAUUCCAUUAAAGGACACCAUACGACCGGCUUGUUUGCCUAGUUCGAGAGCACACAAUUUUGACUUCAAAGAGGGCAUCGUUGCUGGCUGGGGUCUAACCACUCAGGAUGGCACUGUCUCGAGUGUUUUGCGUGAGGUCGCAGUACCGAUUAUCACAAAUGCGCAGUGUCGUGCUACUUCGUAUAAGUCGAUGAUUGUAAGCACGAUGUUAUGUGCUGGUUAUGUCAACAACGGUGGCAAGGAUGCUUGUCAGGGUGACAGUGGCGGUCCACUGAUCGUACGUGAUGGCAUUUUCCACCUGGCUGGUGUUGUUUCCUUCGGUUAUGGUUGUGCUCGACCAAAUGCACCGGGUAUUUACACGCGUGUCAGUCGCUACUUGGAUUGGAUCUCGUCAAAUACGAAAAAUGCCUGUUAUUGUUCGAAAUAAAUAGGCGUAACAUUUUUAAUAUACAUUUUUUACAAUAUUAUUUAUUUUACUAAAAUUGUAUAAGGAAAUAUUUUUAACAAAUUAUUGUUUUUUGUACUUACUGAAAAUAUUAAAUUCACA